GGUUCCCGCCAGUUUGGAGAGAGUGAAGCAAAGAGCAGAGAGGAGAGGAAGGUGAGGUAUGGGCUUCACGCAUCGCUCCAUCGCAACGGUAACAUUUCCCUAUUUCCCACUAAACCCUACUCCCAAAACCCCAACCUUCUUCACUCCACUACCUUCCCUCCACAACCACAAAACCCUUGUUUCUGUAAACCCUAAAUCAAGCUUCCGCUUCCGAAUUAGAGCCUCCGCCGCCGGCGAGAGUAGCAGCCAGACGCCGUGGUGGGUGAACCUGGUGCCGACCCAAGGUUUGGGAGCUGAUAAAGUUCUCAGAUUGAUUUCGGGGGCCACCGCUAGCCCCAUUGGGCAGUACGUGUCCGAACCCGUCACUUUUCUUCAUUCUCUCGACCCCAGAAUCAAAUUGGUUUGGCUUUUGGCUCUUGUUGUAUUACCAGCGAGGUCACACAUAAUACUGCGCUUUGGAUUAGUCUUUUACUUGGCCAUUUUGUCAAUAUGGGUUCUGCCGAGACAUGCGUGGAUGGAUCAAUUGGGGAGAGUAUCUUUAAUUUCUGGACUUUUAUUCAUUAUGCUCGGGCUGGGUGCAGAUGGUGCACCACCCCUUGUUCAGUUGAGAACCCCUCCUCCUGCAAUCACAGGAUUAUCAAAUCUUCCUGCAUCUCUGGCAGGCUACUCAUAUCUAAUUUUUAAGCUAGGACCAAUACAAUUUACACAGAAGGGCUUGUCUGUAGCAAGCACAGCUGCUUGCUUAACCUUUACUGUCUUCCAAAGUGCGAGCCUUUGCCUAACAACCACAACCCCUGAAGAACUUGCAUUUGCCUUGCGGUGGUUUAUGCUCCCUUUGGCAAAUCUUGGAGUUCCAGUGGCUGAAAUUAUUCUUACACUCAUGCUUUCAUUGAGGUUCAUCAGUCUAGUGUUUGAUGAGGUCCGUAAUGUUGCACUGGGAAUUGUAUCUCGUAGGGUAGACUGGCAACAGUUGACAAUGGUGGAGACAAUUGAUGUUUUCUUUGCCUACUUUCGUAGGAUCUUCAAAAAUAUUUUUAGCCAUGCAGAGCAGAUUUCACAGGCAAUGAUUGCAAGAGGUUUCAGAGGGGACUGCAACACGCAUAAAAUGUACCUGUUAUCAGAUCCUUCCAUUGGUAUAGCAGAUGUUGUUUCACUGUUAUGCCUGGUUGGUAUUAUAGGUGCUGCGGUUUGGUCGGACUACUUUCUUAUUUGAUGGGCAGUGCAAAUGCCUUGGGAUACAACAACUGUUCAUAAUACGGUACUAUAAACCUGUUCAAGUCAUCUGUUAGUUGUGGAAGCUCUGUAGUAAAGGCUGUCACUUUGCGAUAUAUGGAAGAUGCUUAUCAGUCAUUGAUCAGCCAGUCCUGCAGAGAAGUAUGAGAGGUGUAGUGAAAGCCAAGAAUGCUGCACCAGAAACAUUGGUGGUGUAACUGUAUUCUAGAGUUCAGGCUAUGCUGGCUAUUCCAAAACAGGCAUCCAAUUACAGAGCGGUGGAUAGUUGAAGCAAUUACUGUACUUGUAGGAAAAUAAACAUUUGUAACUUUAGUCGCAACCUUAGAAGACUGAAACUCUCCACAUCUCUCUUCUCUUCCUUUUUGGCAAAUGGGCAAACCCCAAAUGGUUUGUCUGUCAACCAUAAUGUGAAACCCCCAAAAACAAAAUUGGGAAAAAAGAUUACAACCCUCAAAACAAUUUGGUAGGCAUAUUACGACCCAUCCAUGGCGUUUGGAUAUUGAUCAUCAGUGUUUCCAUCUGUUACGAAAAUAGC